AUGACAAUCGAUGAGGUUCUUGGAUUGUCGAUGCCGCAACUGGGAUACCAGUUUUAUGACACCCUAGUAGAUGGUUUUAACUUCGCUGACGACUGGGUCGUGUGUGCAGAAGGUCAGGCUCGCCUUAUAGAGAAGCUUAAAGCUGCUGCGGUCGAGUUGGGAAGAGCUGGUAUGAAGAUGAACGCUCGAAAGACGAAAAUGAUGUUGAUUUGUGGGGACGGGAAAUUGGGGAUGACAGCAGUCUUAGUUGAAUCAUUUUGCUUCGCCGGGGAAAUCAUCAUCACUCCGGGUCCGACAGACACCUACGACUUGACGAUAAGGCACGCGCCAUGGAAAGAGAUCCACCCGGCUGAAUGGCUGUCAAGACAGAAGACUAGAGAUGAGGCCCCCAUAAUCAUGCUUGAUGCCAAUAGCCUCGUCGUCGAACUGGAUCCUGGAAUGUUGGCGCAACUCAAGCGACAGGAUCCCGUGCUACGGAAAGUUGCAGCCGCCUUGUUGGACGGAAAAAGUUUUGAGAAAGGAGGGAUAGACCAUGAAUUGUAA